AUGGCGCCUGUUCCCACCGCAGGCGUUGAUUUCCGCGACCUGCUGCGCUCCGGCCAGUUCUCGGAUCUGACCGUUGUCUGCCGGGGCAUCGAGUUCAAGCUGCACAAGGUCAUUGCGUGCCUGCAGUCGCCCGUCUUUCUCGCGGCUGUCAACAGCGACUUUCAGGAGGGCCGCACCGGCGUGAUAAAAAUAGACCAGUUCGAUCCCGAGACUGUGAGACGCCUGGUCGAGUUUCUCUACACGGGAGACUAUGGCCGCCAGCCUCAGGAGCCUCAGCCCGUGCAGGAGCAGACUCAAGGCACCGUGCUGCAUGUGCGUGUCAAUGCCAUCGCCGACUACUACGGCGUCAAGGCCCUCGGCCAUCUCGCGACCCAGAAGAUCAAGCAGGCGUUCCAGGACAAGUGGGAUCCCCAGACCUUCAUGAUUACUGCCAAAGAGGCCCUCGGCGCCAGCGGCGACAAGACGCUGCACGACGCCAUGGCUCGCAUCGCAGCCGAAAACAUGACGGACCUGGUCGGAUGCCCCGAGCUGACUGAUCUCGUUGGUGACUUUGCGGCCGAGAUCAUGCGUCACCAAGGCAAGAAGCACGCUGACCUCGUUGCCAUGCAUCUGCACGCCGAGCUGGGAACUGCCCGCGUCGUGGCAAGGUUCCGCAAGAUCAUUGAGGAAAUCAACCAGAGAGAGUACUGCCGCAACGCCGCUUGUGCAGAGGCCUCCUUUGGCUGCAACAUCGAGCAGGUCGAUAAUCCCGUCGGCGAGCCCACCUACAUUCUCCGCUGUUCCUACUGUCGAUGCAGGCAUUAG